AGCACUCCUAAUUACAUGACACCUCAGCUACAUCAGCCUAAGAGCUUGCUGGCGAUGGAAGGAAUGAAACGUCAGCGGCUCGAAUCACAUCCUCAGCAAUUCAACCACUAAAAGAGGUCCUUCAUCCCCUCCCUGGAUCCAAACAGAGUAUUUUAGUCCUCGCCUGAGCCUCGCGAGUAGUUUCCUAGACUUCGAAGGCGACAUCGGGCCAGUCGAGAUGGACGACAGAGAGCCAGUGGAGGAUCUCGUUGGCGAGGCAGAAGGUUACCCAAGCGCUCAAGUAGAGGCCUCCAUCUUCGGGUCCGAGCCAGAACCAGAAUACUGCAAGUACAGCACGGGACACAUACGAGAAGAAAUAGGGUUCGAUGGCCGGUACCUAGACUUCCGUCCCGAGAGCACGAAGAUCGGUCAGAUUCAGUCCUUCGGGUGCUUGAUACUCGUCGAGGAAAGCUCUUUUCGCAUCCUCGCACUUAGUCGAAAUGCAGUAGAAAUGUUAGAGAUUGACGCUCUUCCGGGAAACCCGAACUGGAAAGGCGCCAUUGGCCUCGAUGCACGUAGUCUAUUUAAACUAACAAGCGUAGCGACUAUUGAGCGAGCUUGUAGCGCGACCGAUCUUAACAUCGUUUGCCCUAUCCUCGUUAGCUCGCACCGAUCCGCUAACCCGUUUUACGCUAUAAUGAGGCGAUGCGAGGAAGGGCUGAUGAUAGACUUCGAGCCGUUGAAGUUCGAUCCCCCGUCAGGUCCCGUUACCGGAGCGCUCGCGUCUCACAAGCUUGCAGCGCGUGCUGUCGCGAGGCUGAAAUCGCUGCCUGUUGGCGACGUGCGGUUGCUGUGUAACACUGUCGUGGAGGAGAUUGGCGAAAUGACGGGUUACGAUCGCAUCAUGGUGUACAAGUUCCACGAGGACGAGCACGGCGAAGUGCUGGCGGAGUUUCUUAACAACCAGAAGAUCGAAUCUUAUCUGGGAUUGCAUUAUCCGGCCACAGACAUUCCAAUGAUGGCGCGGCGCACGUUCAUGGAGAAUCGGGUGCGCAUGAUAGUGGACAGCAAGGCGCCAGGCGUGGACGUGCUGCAGCAGGGCGCGCUUCCGGGGGGGCUGUCGCUGGCGCACAGCACAGUGCGCAUGGUGCGCUCGUGCCAUCGCGAGUACAUGAGCAACAUGGGCACGCUGGCGUCGCUGGUGCUAGCCAUCACUGUCAGCACGGGGGAAGCGGGAGCAGCACCAGUGGCAGCAGCAGGAGCAGCACCCAACGACGUCGCCGUGGCAGGGAAGGCGGUUCGGGCCGAGCCUGGCCGGCGGCUGUGGGGGCUGGUGGUGUGCCACCACUGCUCGCCCUGCAUGGUGCCUUACCCCACCCGCUCCGCCUGCGAGUUCCUCGUUCAGGUGUUCGCAGUGCAGCUGACCAAGGAGAUGGACCUGGCGAACCAGCUAAAGGCCAAGCACGCACUAAAGAUGCAGACGCUGCUGUGUGACAUGCUCAUGCGGGAGCCCCCAGUGGCGCUCGUCACCAAGACGCCCAAUAUAAGUGACCUGGUCCAAUGUGACGGUGCCGCAUUACUCUAUAACGGCCGCUGCUGGCGACUGGGGUCCACCCCAUCCGAGCCCCAGGUGCUGAACAUAGCCGAGUGGCUGCUGACGCAUCACAGCGACUCUACGGGUUUCAGCACGGACUCGCUCCUGAAUGCGGGGUACCCGCAUGCGGCUGACCUGGGGGAGGAGGUGUGCGGCCUGAUAGCUGUCAAGUUCAGCGAUAAGGACUUCCUCAUGUGGUUCCGAGCGCAUGCAGCGAAGGAGGUGCGGUGGGGGGGCGAGAAGCACGACCCGCUGGACAUGGACGACCCCACGCGCAUGCACCCGCGCACGUCUUUCAAGGCGUUCCUCGAGACCGUGCACAUGCGCUCGCAGCCGUGGGAGGAUGUGGAGAUGGACGCCGUGCACAGCCUGCAGUUAAUCCUCCGGUCGGCUCUACAGGAGCACGACGAGGUGAAACGGCGACAGCUGAUGCUGGCCCGCGUUGCCGAGUUGCGGCUGCAGAGCAUGGACGAGAUCAACCAGGUGGCCAACGAGACCGUGCGCAUCAUCGAGACGGCCACUGUGCCGAUUCUUGGGGUCAACCGCAACGGGCAGAUCAACGGGUGGAACAUGCAGAUCGCCAAGCUCACAGGCGUGCCAGUGGAGGAGGCCAUGGGGCGGUCCUUCCUGCAGGAGCUAGUUGCUGAGGAGAGCAAAGCGGACACGCAGAGACUGCUCGUGUCGUCUCUGCAGGGCAGGGAGGAGUCAGAUGUGGAGAUUCGCCUCAAGGUGUGGCGCAACGGCGUGCCGGCGGGGGUGCUGAUCAUGCUGGUGAACAGCUGCGCCAACCGCGACAUCCACAACCAGAUCGUGGGGGUGUGCCUCGUGGGGCAAGACAUCACCACGCAGAAGAUCGUCAUGGAUAGGUACAUCCGGUGCGAGGGCGACUACCGCACCACAGUGCACUCGCCCAUCCCGCUCAUCCCGCCCAUCUUCGGCAUGGACGAGUACAUCCGGUGCGAGGGCGACUACCGCACCAUAGUGCACUCGCCCAACCCGCUCAUCCCGCCCAUCUUCGGCAUGGACGAGUAUGGCAUCUGCAGCGAGUGGAACACCGGCAUGAGCCGCCUCACCGGGCUCGGCAGGGGUGACGUGCUGGGGAGGCUGCUUCUGGGAGAGGUGUUUGGGCUGGAGAUGGCGAUGCUGAUGCUGAGGGAUGAGGAUGCGAUGACGGAGUUGGAGAUCGUGGUGAACUGCGCCAUGGAGGGGCAUGAGGACACGAGCAACCACCCCUUCUCCUUCUUCGCACGGGACGGAAAGCUCCAGGAAGUGCUGCUGACGGUGAGUAAGAGAACAGACGUGGAUGGCAGAAUUACCGGUGUCUUCUGCUUCCUGCACUCCAUGAACCGGGAGGUCCAAGAAGCCCUAAAAGCCCAGGCUGCCGCGGAAACCGCCGCCCAGGCGCGCAUAGCCCAGUCGGACGUGGCAAGAGAGAGCCUCCGGGCGCCCCUGGACGGGCUGGCGUUUAUCCGCCUCUCCCUGCAAAGAUCAGCUAGCCUGUCCCCUGAUCAGGUGCAGCUUCUGGAAACAGCAGCGGCUUUGGAAGAGCAAAUGAGAACGAUUCUGGCCGAUAUGGCGGAUUUGAAUGCGGUGGAGGAGGGUUACUUGGACGUGCAGCGGGUGGAGUUCUCGCUCGUUUCGGUGCUAAACGCGUCGCUUAGCCAAGCGUCGGGAGCAGCGAUCGCGAAAGGGCAGCAGCUGGUGUGCUCGGUACCCAGCCCCAUGAGAGUGCGAGUAUUCGGUGACCCGACUCGAUUGCAACAAGUCCUGGCCACGUGUCUCCGCACAGCAGUGGAGCACACGCCUCCUACCGGGUGGAUAGAACUCAAGCUAGAAGCGCCUAUGCGGGGAGCGGCGGAUGUGCCUCCCCCACAGGGCCACCCGUCAGCUGAACGGUUCAGAUUCACCGUGGCGCACUCAGGGGACGGGGUGCCGGGCCCGCUGGUGCAGGUGCUGGUGGGGAGGGGGGGCGUGGCGGCGACGGGGCUGCAGGGCAUGGCGCUGCGGCUGUGCCGACGGCUGGUGCAUCUGCUGGGGGGCGAGCUGGGGUACGCGUUUGAGAGCGGGCGGUGCUGCUUCAGACUAGACGUGCAGCUGCCCGUGAAGCACAAGGCAGAGGCCACUGCUGGCAGUAGGGCGUGAUACAAAAGGGGGAAAGAUGUGGGAGCUAGGGGGGGUGAGAGGGGUGUGUGUGUGUGUGUGUGUGUGUGUGUGUGUGUCUGUGUGUCUGUGUGUCUGUGUGUAUGUGUGUGUGUGUGUGUGUGUGUGUUGAUUUGCAGCUUCAAGUGAGGCACAAAGCAGAUGCGACCGUUAGCAGGGUAGUUGGCAUUGGGGAGAGGGAGGAGGAGGAGGAGGAGGAGGAGGAGGAGGAGGGUGGAUGGACAGCGGUGCACAUGGCAUUACCAGUGGGAGGUCUCACAGAGCAAGAGAUAGGUGAUGGCAGGAGAGGCGGUGCAGUCAUGUGUGUUACGGGAUGGAAGCUGCAGCACAGGGAAGGGGGGGGAGAGAAGGAAGGAGGAGUGGGGGAGAGAAGGAAGGAGGGGCGGAAGCAGCAAAAGAGAAUGUACAGGCGAACAGGGGAUAUGCCUGGGUGCUGGGUGGUGUGGGCUGGGGAGGCAAGGUUGCGAGGUUGAAGCACCAGAGCCUUGGGUGACGUUGGGCGGUGUGCUGGCUGCCAGGGGCGAAGCAGAGCCAGGGUUAAAAUCAAGGGCAGCUUCGCAACUGGCAGAAGAAAGCAGAAGAAAGUUUUGCCGUGCUUCCCUUCCUUGCCCAAAGCAAGCAAGAGGCAGGGCAUGUGUGGGUCAGGGAGAGUGCUUGGAGCAGGGUGCGCAAAUCUAUCACACAAGCAAGAGGGGAGAUGGGCCAUGAUAACACUCUGCGUGUGUGGUGCCUCCAGCUGGCAACAUCUUUUCCCCUUCUAGGUUGUUUUUUUGGCUGCCCGUUCUCAAGCUCCACGGCUAUCAACCUAUGCACGUGCACCACCAUCCUAGGUGGUUGUUAAGUCGGUGGGAGACUGGGUCCAUUUGUGUACAGUUGGUUGUGUGUGUUACGACUAGAAAGAAUGGUUAGAACAAGGGAGAACGGGGGAGAUAUAGCGUUUGGGUUGUACCCACUAAGAACAUACCCUAUCUGGCCUAUAACUUCUACAUAACAAUGUAUGUAUAAGUUGACACACCCCC